AUGCCGACCAGGCCGCCGGACACGAUGCCGGCAGCAAGCUCUCCGCCUCCACCAAAGCGACCCCGCCUUCCACGGACCAACGCCGAUGGCCUUGACGAACUGCGGUCGGUUCCUCGUCAACCUACGGGGAUUUCCGAGAUUGAGCUACUCGCUCCCGGCAACAUUACAAAUGCGCCGUUCGUAUCCCCUCCUAUCACCGGACAAGGUGACCCUCUCGCCAUUGCUAGCACUUCGGCAUCAUCAUCAAAUCCACCUCCAACCAUCCUUGCGGUUGCCGCGCCAACGCCAAUAUCGCGACCUCGUGGUCAAAUUGACCACACGGCCUUUCCUGACAUCAUGGACAGCAUACUGGGAUAUGCGUCAUGGGGCACGCUCUGUGUUGUGCGCUGUACGAGCAAGACGAUGCGCGACAAGGUUCUCACUCUCCAGAAUUCUCACGUCGUCUUCUGCCUGACGCCUCCACCAAAUGUCAUCACGGCUCCUCACGGGUUGCGUAUCCCAAGCUUCAAGGUGUUCCACGACAACGAGCCUCCAGACAUGAAGCAGGUGGCGGGCCUGUUUGACACGACCCGCCUCAUCGACGUGCACGGAAGCCCGCACGAACACGGACGGCCGCAGGUCGCCGUCGAUCUGGCGUUUGCCAAGCGCGACGUCGUGCUCCGCUUCCACCCCACGCACCACGCGCACGAUAUAUCUGUCCCAGUAGCCGCCCGCAAGGUGGUCUUCUUCGGCUCAAGCAUGACGUCGAAAUGGGCCCACCUCCCGCCACCCGAGCAGGCGCAGGAGAAGACGGUCGUCUGCCUCAAGACCCUCAACAACCCCGCCAACCUCAAGACUGUGUUCCGCCGCUUCCCGCCAGCAGCAGGCGCCCGCGAGGCCGUCCUCGUGUUCACCCACUGGGGAUCCGUGUCGAGCUACACUGUCCCGCCGACGAUUGCCAACCUCAUCAACCGCGAGCGGCUCGCACGCGAACGCCUGUCCGUCAUUUCGACACUCGCUGCCGGCCUCGUACUCGGUGGCUGGCUGUUCCCAGACAUGCCCCCCGUCACGUUCACGGUCGUCGACUUUCCGCAGGUCAGGCCCCAGGAGUUUGCACUGUCGUGCGGCGCUCCCGCAUCUGCAGUUCCCACUCCCCUGGCCCCUGCGACGACGGACACGACGCUUACCGAGGCUCUUGCGGCCGCCGUCACGGCGGCGCUGGCCGAGAUGGUCGGGUCAAGCGCCGAGGCAGCCAGCAAGAUUGUCGAUGCCAAGAGUCGCCUCCGGCUCAUGACUCGAGACGAGUAUGGUGCCGCGGUACUGCCUCAAGAGCUCGAGCUCGACACCGUCGAGAUGCGCCAUGGCCAUGCCUUUCAGACUACGCGGGCGUGA